AUGAAUUCCACAUUAGGGGAUUCCAUUCCUACCGGGUCUGAUGCCAAGGACAGUGUGGUGCUUGGUCUCAUUGACGCCGUUAAGGGUCUUGGGUUUUGGCCCGUUUUCCUAGGUUUCAUUGUUUUCGGCCUCCUCUAUGACCAGUUUUCGUACAUCACCAAAAAGGGCAGUAUCGCGGGCCCCAAAUUCAAGAUGUGGCCUAUCAUUGGUCCCUUUCUGGAGAGUAUGGACCCCAAGUUCGAGGAAUACGAGGCGAAAUGGUACUCGGGCCCAUUGUCGUGCGUUUCAGUGUUCCACAAGUUUGUGGUUAUCGCGUCUACUCGUGAUCUUGCCAGAAAGGUUUUCAAUUCGCCUGCGUACGUCAAGCCAUGCGUUGUUGAUGUUGCCAUCAAGCUCUUGAGACCGACGAACUGGGUUUUCAAAGACGGCAAGGAGCAUUUGGAGUAUCGCAAGUCCUUAAAUCCGCUGUUUACUCGCCAGGCCAUUUCGGUGUACCUGCCCGCUAUGGAGCAGAUCUACGACAAGUACUUGGACUCGUUCGUGGAGUCGUCCCAAAACGGUCCCAAGCCAUAUAUGGCCGAGUUCCGCGAGAUCAACUGCGCAAAUUCCCUGCGGGUUUUCUGUGGCCGCUACAUCAGCGACGCUCAGAUCAAGGAAAUUAGCGACAACUACUACAAGAUUACUGCCGCUCUUGAGCUUGUGAAUUUCCCCAUUAUUAUUCCUUUCACAAAGACUUGGUACGGCAAAAAGAUCACUGACUACACCAUGGCUAUUUUUGCUGAUUGUGCCCAAAAGUCCAAGGUGUAUAUUGCUGCUGGUGGUGCGGUGGAGUGUGUUAUGGACGCUUGGAUCAAGCUGAUGGUUGAUUCCAAAAACGCGGAUUCCCAGAUGGACGAGGAGCUACGCAAGUCUAUGGUGCGUGAUUUCACCAACAAGGAAAUCUCCGAGACAAUCUUCACUUUCCUGUUUGCAUCGCAGGAUGCAACCUCUUCUGCCACCACAUGGCUCUUCCAGAUCAUUGGUGACCGUCCCGAUGUUAUGCAGAAAAUCCGCGAGGAACAGCUGGAGGUCCGGGGCGGUGACCCUAAUUUGCCUCUGACAGUUGAUUUGGUCGAUCGCAUGACCUACACCAACAUGGUUGUCAAAGAGGCUCUCCGCUACCGUCCUCCUGUCUCUAUGGUUCCUUAUCUCGUCAAGAAGGCGUUCCCAGUCACGCCCGACUACACAGUUCCUAAAGGAGCCAUGGUUAUUCCUACUCUUCACCCUGCGUUGCACGACCCGGAGGUGUACGAAGACCCUGAGAGCUUUAUCCCCGAGCGCUGGGAAGAAGGUGCCCCCGCCAACAAAGCGCUAUCUAAUUGGCUAGUGUUUGGCUCGGGUCCUCAUAUUUGCCUGGGUAAGAUGUAUGUCAUGUUGCAUCUCACGGCCAUGAUGGGCAAGGCCGCUCUGCACUACGACUGGAAACACACCGUGACGCCCAAGUCCGAGGUUAUCCGCGUGUUUGCGACCAUCUUCCCUGACGACGACUGUAUCCUUGAGUUUAAGAAGCGCGAGGUCAUCGCGUAA